GUUAAGCCAAGCCGUGCCUCAUACUCUAUUGAGCAAAAAAACAGAGUUAUUAAGUAUGCUAAAGAGAAUGGAAGAAAUAAAGCAGCAGUACAUUUUAACCUUGAUGCUAGUAUAGUUGGUUAUUGGAUUAAAGCAAGUGCAAGUUGGGGUACUGAGAUAAGUCAAGGUAGCAGGCGUAUUGGCUCUGGUCGGAAAGCAUUCUAUCCUGAAGCUGAAGAAAAAUUAUAUACUUGGUUGAUGGAACAGAGAAAACAGGGACUAGCAGUUACUUACACAAUAUUGCGAGUUAAAAUAUUAGAACUUUUAGAAGAACCUAAAAUAACAAAUCUAUAUAAUUUAUCAAAAGAUUUUAAAAUAUCGGACCAUUGGUUAUCUGCAUUUUUAAAAAGAUAUAAAUUAUCUUGGAGACAGC